AAAUUAUUAAUCAAAUUUUCGUUAUAUAUAGUAUAAAUCGAUUCAUUAUAUGUAGGUUGUUAUGUUUUAAUAACAAUUCGUCUAUUGAUACGUUUAAUGGUCUUGCAGAGCCGGUUUAACAUUUCCUAUCGAUCUUAUGUUUGAUUAUGCUGCUUUGGAGAAUGGUACCAACUACCAACUAACGCUGUGGAUAUAAAAAUGCACUCCAAUCUUAUAUUAAGGUAAAAGUGUAAUGUAUAUUGCACUAUUACUACUUAAAAGGUGAUGUAACCUACCCAUAUGGUGGAAAAGGAGCUUAUACAGUUUAUAAGGCUGAAAUAUAAUAUUACACUCCACCUUCAAAAAUAACCAUUGAAGAAAAACUAAAUAUAAUGUAUAUUCUAAAAGAUGUAUAAGAUUAUUGUCAAGGCUGGAUUAGAAGCAAGAGUUCAAUGUUUUUGUGGUGAUUUCUAUGAUGGUGGUGUAGGACGACAUUUAGGUUCAGAAUAUUGUAGUGCUAGUUGUCCAGGAAAUAAUUCUCAAAUUUGUGGUGGUUCUUGGGUUCUUAUAUAUAUUAUUUUAAAAAUUAAUUUGGGUGUUGGCAUUCCUGUAUUUUUAACUACUAUAAUUUAAUAAUAUUAAUCAUAAGACGUUGUAAUACUUCUAAUACUUCUAAACCCAAAACUCUUAAUGAUGAGAUUGAAAAGAUCCAUCAAUGUUAAAAAUAUUAAUAUAUUUGAAUCAUGAGAGAUUUCCAUAAUUUUGACCAGCAUUUACUAUAUAAACCUAUAGGUUUAAAAUAUAAAUAAAAAUGCUUAUUUUGUUGUAAAAUUUACCUAAUUUAAACAAUGAUGAAAUUAUGCUUUUCAUUAAAUAAAGAGAUGAAUUUAUUUUUUUUUCCUAUAAAAAAUUUUUCAGAAAAAUGAUCACGUGUCUGAGUUUCUUCGGAAC